CGUAUCGGCGGCUGCUGGCAGUCCGAUAUUAACUCUCAAACUGUACGGUUUGGCAGCGCAGCUGAAAAGCGGAAAACUGAAGAGGAAAAGCGGCGAAGAGGGGAUCGAGGAAGGGCAGCGCGUCGUGUGUUUUCAUCCUCCUUCUGCAAUAAACAAUUGUUGUUCUACAAGUUUAAACAAUUAAAAGUGAGUGUGGGAAAAGUGCAGCGAAAAAGCGAAGAAAUUGAGUUUUAGCCACACCAAAAAAAUAUAUAAACCUAUUUAGAAAAAAACAGCACAAAAACACUAACUAAACAUUUAAAACCUAAAAGUUACCACUACAAAAAAUUUUAAAGACAAUUAAAAAAUGUUAUUUUAAUCGUGAAAAUUGGCUUCAAAAACAAAUUUAAAAAAACCCUCACCAAUAAAUUACAUUUUUGAAAUAUCAACUUAAUACUACAAAUUACCACCACUUUUUAUUAUAUGCCCUGACAUCCUGUUCCUUUGUGCAAAAAAAAAUACUUUGUAAUAAUCAAAAAAACAUAACAAUCACCAUAAUCAUAAAUAAUAACAACAAUUUCGUGUGACGUUUUAGUUAAUUCUCGCAAAAGAGAAUGAAAAAGGAAAAAAUAAACAAAAAAACAGAAAGCAACCACUUUUUUCAAUUGUAAUUUCCGGUGUAGCGGAAUUUCACUGUGCAUUGUGUGGCACCGUGUGUGUGAACGGGUGUGGGAGAGAGAAUCAAAAAAGAAAAGAAAGAAAAUCAGAAAAAAACAUAAACAGCCCAGAACAACGUGCUCGUGUGUGUGUGAAUAAGAAAACUGAACCCUAUAAAAAAAAAACAGUUCUAAGAAAUGUGCAAAAAAGGCCUUUGGCUUAUUGAAUUUAUAGCUGACUUUUGUCUCUUUUGGCCCACAUUGAGGUUACAUAAAGAUCCACAAAUAUAUUCUGCCCCCAAAGCAAGGGGGUCAUCUUAAAAAAUGUCUAAAAUCUAAUUAUCUAAACAACUUUGUCUGGCAAUGUUUAUACUUUGUCUGUUUAUAUGCAGUUAAUUUUUCGCUUGCCAAUUUAAACAAAUUCAAAAUUGUAUGCAAAAACGAAAAGUUAUAGCUCGUUUAAUAAUGCAAAUUCGAGUAAUUAGAAUUUAAAUGGAUUUUUUAAUAAGCAUAUUGCAGUUUCUAGCGAGCUGCAUUACUUAACAGUUACUUGGAAUUUUAGCAAAGCUUAACUAAUAAUUCAAAGGAAUUCUCAUUCUUAUUAUCUUCUUGAUGUUAGUACUUGUAAAUUGUUUGAUUUCUGUGGAAUCUUUUUCUCUUUUUUAGUUCCCAUUUUCAACUUAUUUUACCUGUUAGGCUUAACAAUCAGAAGCAAUUACCGAUUUAAUCCAAUCAAUUAUCUGAGAUACGCCUUCAACUUUAAUUAGCUUAACAAAGUUUAAGCCGAAGAAAUAUGACCUACAACUGACCUAACCCAAUCUCAGUUUGCUGCAGCCAAUUUUCAUUUGUGCCUGCAGAACUCAAACUCAGAUAUCAUGCAGAUACCUUCACUAAGCUGCCCAACAAUUGGCUAAGAAAACUUUCCAACAGUCAGAAACUUCAAGGCCGCAAAACUUUGAUUAAACAUAAACCAAACCCAAGGAAAAUAAAAUGCAAAAAAGGUCAAAGGCAAGCAGCCCCUGGUUCAGAAAUUUCCACUAUCCGAAAGUCAGCUAAUUAACAUGGAAAAUUUCGCCCGAAUAUAUCGUUUACUUAUGGUGAACUUUUCGAUGGAGGUGGGGGCGGCGCCAUAAGUUUCUCGAAUUUAUAGAGUUGAAAGCUUUCUAUCGAUAGAUAAAUAUGGCGAGAAACAGAUACAAGUACUUGUAGAUACAAAGAAACAGCCACAAACAACCAGCACUCCCGAAGCGGUAUAAUAAACAAUUAAAAAUUAUUUACUUGCUGCUAUUGAAUUAUAAACAAGUGAUUCCCGUGUAACCUCAUUUUGGGUCGGAAACAGAAAGCGUAUACCUAAUGCAUCAUUCUAUAUUUCAGUCUGUGGGCUAAAGUGCAAUACACAAAUCGAACACUGAAGCAUUCCAAUUAAACUUACAAUCAAAGUGCAAUACAAAUAAAUCCAGCUAAAAAUUAACGAGAAGCUGUGUUCACAAGUAGAUUUGCACAAACAAAGCAAAACUAAACUAAUAAAAACGAAUAAAAUUAACUCUUUUACCAGCAAACCAUUAUAUACACAUAACAAAUACGAAUAAACUUAAUAAGCAUUUAAUAAAACAAUAAAAAGUUUGUGCAAUUUAAAUAAUAAUAAUAAUCAUAUACAAAAACUAAAACCUUAAAAAGGUUAAAGAUUUUUGCUAAAUACACUUUAUAAACUCUAAAUAGCUAAAUUGUUAUAAAAUAAAAUCACAAAUAAAAUACAUUUUUAAAAACUACCAGUUUUUUACCAAAUUAUUAAGCUGAAAAAAUAUGAAAACAACUUUAAAUGCAUUUUGCUAAAACGGAUUACGUUUAAAAUACUAGCUGCAGAUUUUUCAUCAUUAUAGACAAAGAAACGCGUAAUAAUUAAACUGAAAAAUGCUAAAAGUGGCCUAAAAAAAAGCAUAGCAGACAGCAGAGUUUGAAAACGGAAUACCAUGGUGCAACUGAAAGUUGCAGAGCAACACAGCAGCAGCAACAACGGCAACAUAAGCAACAACAGUGUAAGCAACACAAACGGAACAAUAACUAGCAACAAUAAUGCGGGUGGAAGUUGCUCGUCGACAACCUCUUCAACGAACAGUUUGAAUAGCAAUCCGGCCUCGCCCGCCUGCACCAUGGUGAUGUUGCCAGCACCGCAGCAGCACUUGGUGGUGCAGCAGCAGCAGCAGCAACAGCCACAGCAGCAGCAGCAACAGCAGCAUGUGCAGCAGCAACAUGGCCAUGCCCCGCAGCUGCAACAGCAGCAACACUCGCCCUCGGACGGCGGUUCAUCGAAUUGCUCGCUGCCCGCUUCACCGCCCCUGUUGCAACAGACCGCCACGCCGCCGCAGGGCGCCCAGAUUGUGCCGCCCGUCUGCGCCCUGCACCACCCACAGCAGCAGAUGGCCCUGAUGGCGGCCAUGCAGCACCACCACCACCUGCCACCGCCCCCUCACGCCCUGCACCAUGCCCCGCUGCCCACGCCACCCCCUAACCUACCGCCACCCCACGAGAACGGCCAUGGUGGUGGCACAGGGGGUGGCGGUGGUGUAUCGCCCAACGGAGGCGGGGGCGGUGGCUCCUCCGCCAGCAGCGUGAGCAGCCUGUCCAGCGGCAGCGGGGGCUCGGGGGGACAGGGCAACAACGGCCUGAGUAACGGAACGAAUGGCAUUGCACCAUUGCCGCCGGGCCAGCUGUUCAUCCAGUAUCCUAGCGAAUUUUAUCCGCCGGAAUACUACAUUGCACCGCAUCCGCACGAGGGAAUCUGCCCGCAGCAUCCGCACCACCCACACCCGCACCACCACCAGCCUAUGUGCGCCAUGUCCACGGAAUACGGUAAGCAAAAAUCAACGAUGAUUACGUAUACGCACGGUAUGGAAUUGAAGUGUCCCGCGGUUCAGAUGGUAUCCCAGAACCGACCACCGCCCCCGAUGCCGGUGCCCGUCCAGGUGCCGCAGUACGUCAACGAGAACGGAACGCUGACCCACGUGAUGCUCUCGCCGCAGCAGUACCAGCAACUGCAUCCCGGCCAGGGACACCUCCAUCCAGCGCCCUUCAUAAGCGCAAACGGCGCUUCGCAUUUCUACACCCAAGUGGCGGGUUAUCCUGGCCCAGGCCCUGCUGGCAAUGGGCCACCACACUAUCACUUGCCGGCACCACCGCCGCCCCAACAACAACCACAGCAGCAGGCGCCCCAAGGAGCACCACCCCCACAACAACAACAACAGCAACCGCAGCAGCAGCAGGUGGCACCUACUUUGAUGGUCCAAGGAGCACCACCUACCACUGGAGGAGCAACAGGCCAACAACCGCAAGGAGCACCACCCACUGGGUCAGCCACCCAUCCGCACGCCCACUCGUACACCCACUCACACGCCCACUCGCACACACACCCCCAUUCCCCGCACUCACCAUCGCCGCCCAACUACCGGGAUGAGCGCAGCCAGCGGCAGCACAACAAGCUGCUCAGGAAGCUGGAGAAGCAGCGGGAGUCCAAUCCUCCGCAUUCGCCAUCUCCGCGCCGUGCCAACGAACUGAACGGUCACAACAAUAACAACAUUCCUCUGGGCGUGACCCUGCCCGCCCACCACACCAGCCACCUGCACAUGGCCAACCAUCAGGGACGUCGCCUGCCGCAGCAACAGCAGCACCAGGUGCAGGCCCACCAGGUGCCGCAGCAGCAGCUCCAGCCAAGAAACGGGAACCCUCAGCAUCCUCAGCGGACUGGCAGCAGUGUGGGCGGGGCCAGUUCUGUGGGAACCUCCGAGGAUGGCGAGGAUAACUCCAGUCUGGCCGGCGACGAAGAGGAGGACUACCAGGCCUCCAUUGUGGAGCAAAUCUCAGCCAUUGAGAAGCCCGAGGUGAUAGAUGUGACUUCGCGGGCGGCAAAGAUCAUCUGGGAGAGCCCGGCCAUAGCGGAUGCCUUAACGGUGGACAUGCGUCAGCUGCGGUACCAAGUGCUCCUCUGUGAUUCCGGGAAGCAGUGCAAGUACAAGAGUCUGUACCGCGGGGAAGCCUACGAGUGCAUUGUGCAGGAUCUGCAGCCAGGCCAGGAUUACUUGGUUCGCUUGCAGGUGCACUACCAGAAACUCGAGGGAACGGUCAGCGAUCCCACGGAAUUCCGCACCCCAGCCUGUGAGCCCGAUCAACCGCCGCCUCCGAAAUUGGUUUCCCGCACCAAGAGUUCCAUAAAUCUUCGAUGGGCUGCACCGGCAGCGAACGGGGCCAGCAUACAGCACUAUCUGCUGGAGUACGAUGAGGGCAGGCUGUCGGGACAGCCGCAGAAGUUCGUAGAGCUGGCCAAGAUCAAGGCCAAGCACUAUGUUAUUGGGAAACUGCAACCGACCACAGUGUAUAGUUUCCGCUUGGCGGCGGUCAACGAAGCGGGUCAGAGUCCCUAUUCCCCAGUGGCCAGCUAUAGCACUUCCGGGAAUCCGCCGCCAGUGCCCAGACCUCCUCAACUGCUGGGCAGCAGUGCCAACUCCCUGAAACUCGGCUGGGAGCGCCGGGCACAAGAUGGAGACUUCCUACUCCAACUGCAGGAUGCGGAAUCGGGCCAUGGCUACCUGAAUACCUACAAGGGUACGGAGCUGCAAACGGAGUGCCUGCAGUUGAGGCGGGCCAGCAGCUAUCAAUUCCGUCUGAGAUCCGAGAACGAAGCGGGCUUUUCGCCCUGGUCGCCGGAGGUUAGCUACCGCACUUUAGCGGAACGUCCUGGGAGACCUGGCAAGCCGCAUGCUAAGGGCAAGAUUCAUGGCACCCACUUCAAGGCCCGCUGGGAUGCACCAGGCGAUGCCGGCGGGGCCGAGAUCCUUCGCUACCACUUGGAGCUAAGUGCCGCGGGUCCGGCUUUCGAGAGGAUCUACAGUGGCGGCGAGACAGAGGCCAUGUGUGAGAGACUCCAGCCGGGCACCACCUACGCCCUGCGAGCCUUUUGCGAAGGUCCCGCGGGCCAGAGUCCCUACUCCGAUAUUGGACACGUUACCACGGAGGCGGUGGCUCCGUCUGCCCCGCCCCCACCGCACUGCAGUGAUCCCCCCUCGCCCUAUGCCGCCCUCCUGAAGCUCCAGCAUCCGGAAUACAAUGGCGGUGCUCCCAUCCUGGAGUUCGAAGCCCAGAUGCGACGCCUGGAGCAGGUGCAGCCACCUCAGUUGGUGUACCGCGGCAAACAGGCCUACUUUGUGGCGCAGGAUCUGACACCGGGUGGCAUGUACGAGGCCCAGGUGAGGGCUAUCAACCGAAUCGGUGCCGGCAACUGGUCCCAGUGGAUGAGAUUCACGGCAGCAGCCGCUGCGCCCGGCGUUCCCGAAGAGCUGCGGGUGCUGGUGAAGUCGGCCACCCAUCUGGGAGUCAGUUGGCAGCCGCCGCUGCAGGAGAACGGAGCGCCCGUGACCAGUUACACGCUGAAGAGCGCCAGCCAGGAGAGGAGGGAGGAGGACUCCGAGCAGGAGGCCAAGGAACCAAACAGCUCCGAGUUCCACAACUGCUAUCAGGGACCGCAAACCUGCGCCGAGCUGAGAAACCUAUCGCCCUACACACGCUACCAUUUCCGGAUCCAGGCGAGCAACUCCGCCGGCACGGGAACCUCCUCCGACGUGAUAUGUGUCUGCACACCGGCUGCAGUACCCGGAGCUCCGCAAAUGCAGGGCUACGAGUUCACCGCCCAGGAGGUGACCCUCAACUGGACGCAGCCGGCGGCCCAUGGCUCGCCCAUCUGCUCCUACAACAUUGAGUACGGGGAGCGGACCAUCGCCACUCCGGAUGCCUGUACACGCUACACGGUCAGUGGGCUGCUGCCCGAAACCGGCUACAAGUUCCGUGUGCAGGCGGUGAACGCCAUUGGAGCGGGAGCCUUUAGUGCCUAUGCCAAGCUGACCACCCAGCCGGCACCUCCGGCACCACCACGCCUGGAGUGUAGCGGUGCCGGACACAACUACAUCAAGCUGAAGUGGGGCGAGAACGGAACCGGCAAGCAGCCCAGCUCCAAUCCGACUGGAAAUGGCGGCGACUUCACCAAGUACUUUGUGGAGAUGUAUGUGGCCAGGGCGAAGCAGUUUCAGGCCGUCUACUCCGGCACCAAUUGCAUGUGCAAGGUGCACAAGUUGCAGGAGCGCAGCAGCUACACCUUCCGCAUCUAUGCCCACACGGAUAGGGCCGGCGAUGGGGAUUACUCGGAGGACUUUGUGUUCGAGACUUCGGCCACGCUGCCGGCGAACAUAAAGCCACCUCGGGUGGUCCAAGAGGGCAGCGUUUGCCUCAUGGAGAUGCCCGGCCAACUGGGCAUGCAGCUCACCCUGGAGUGGCAGCACUCGAAGAACUCCUUCAGCGAUCGCGUGGAGUACGAGUUGCAGUACGCUGUCUUGGGCGCUGCCGAACUGGAGGGUGAAUCCCUGUCGCCCAAGGGUCGCAGCAGCAGUUCCAGUGGCAGUUCCAGCGGGGCUCCGGUUAAUUUGGCCAACCAGGAUUACAGGCAGUUGUAUCGCGGCCCGGAGACCAAGUUUACCAUUGACAAUCUGGCCGCCGGCACUUGUUACCAGUUCCGAGUGUGUCCUGUGCGAGUGGCGGCGGGCGCAGAACUCCUAUACGGUCAGCCAUCGAGUCCGUUGCGCUACCAGGUGCCCAGUGAGCUGGAUCCCAGCUCGGCGACCUGCCACCACCACCUGCACGGCUCGACAGCAGCACCGCCCGCUGCGCUGGCCACCAGCCAGAGGAGCAGCCGGAAACUGUCCUCGGGCAAUGGUUCGACCAAUGGUCUGCACAUGCGAUCGGUGAGUGCGUCGGCAAUCAGCGGAGCGAGCGGCGUGGGAGCGGAUCCUGUGGCGAUUGGACGACUGCAGCAGGAGCUGUCCGGUUUCAAUGCGUGCGCAGAUCCCCUGCAUCACCACCAUCAUCAUCACCACCACCACCAUCAGCCGUGCGGCGGCGGAGCAGGAGCAGGUGGAAUGGCCGGAGCCACGGAGCCGCACCACCAGCAUCAGCACCACAUGCACCAUUCGCAUCACAUGCACCAUGCCCACCAUCCGCACACCGGAAUGGGCAUCAGCUCCUCGAGUUCCAGCUCCUCAACGGCGGCGGCCAUCUCCUCCAGCUUGGCCCAGGCGGGCGGAUUAAGGCGGAUCGUCGGUAAGCUAACUUCACUGUACUCCAACCGGCGGCGUCUGAGUGACCAGCAAAAGGCCGUCUGCAUUGUGGUCUCCUUCCUCGUGGGCACCUUCCUGGUCGCUAUGCUCGUCAAUAUGUUGAGGGGCUAAGGACACCAAGGUCCUCGAAAAGUGGCGUGCAACGUGACACCAUAGGAAUUUGUAGGCAAACGACAGGCGAAAAUGAAAAAAAAUAAAAAUCAAAACAAAAAUGAAACACUUUAUGUCUCAAAGAAGUGAUUUAAACCAUUAGUUGUAAUUAUGUAUUUUUUAUAUAUAUACCGUAACAGAAUCAAACAAAAUCAAACUGUAUAUUGUCUAAUUUUAAACAAAAGAAAAAAUACAAAAACAGCAGAACAGGAAAUCAAAAAUAGCAAAAAGAAAUAGAUGUGAGGUGAAGAGGAGAGGAGAGAUGAGAUGAGAAGGCAAGCCCCCAUAAUUGUAUUAAAUGUACACAAAAAGAAAACCACAACGUCAAACAUUCACACAGCUAAAUGUUAAUAAUGGUAUUUACUAAUAAUAUAUGUUGUCACAAAA